AUGUCCUGGCAAGCAUAUACCGAUAACUUGAUCUCUACAGGUAAAAUUGAUAAAGCUGCAAUUUAUUCAAGAGCUGGUGAUUCAGUUUGGGCCCAAUCAAAUAACUUAACAUUAUCUGGUCCAGAAAUUUCAGAAUUGGCUAGAGGUUAUGAUGAUCCAUCAGGUUUACAAGCUAAUGGUUUACAUUUACAAGGUCAAAAAUAUUUCUUGAUUAGAAAUGAUGAACGUAGUAUUUAUGGUAAACAUGAUGCUGAAGGUGUUGUCACUGUUAGAACUAAACAAACUAUAUUGAUUGGUCAUUAUCCUGCUGGUGUUCAAGCUGGUGAAGCUACUACUAUUGUGGAAAAAUUGGCUGAUUAUUUAAUUAGUGUUGGAUUCUAA